UCUCAAAAUCCCAACAAUUCUCAAAAUCCCAACAAUUAUCAAAACUCCAACAAUUAUCAAAACCCCAACAAUUAUCAAAAUCCCAACAAUUAUCAAAAUUCAAAUCAAUUUUUCAAUCAACAUCCUCAAAACACACCUAAUUUUGGUUUAACACCAAAUUUCAACCAAUCAUCCUUUGUUCCAAACUUUCAUCCAUAUUAUGGAACUAUGCUGAGAAAUUCAUCUCAAACACCCCCGUUUAAUGGUUACAUGCCGAUGGUUAAUGAAAUUUUUUCGAGUGGUGGUACAACUAACUUUCCCAAAUUUUCAACACAAAUAACUAUUGCUAAUGAAGAUUCAACUCCUAUGAGCAAGAAAAACCAUCAACCAUCAUGGAACACUGAACAAAAUUUGGUGCUAAUUAGUGGGUGGAUCAAAUUUGGAACAAGCAGUGUUGUCGGGAAAAACCAGAAAGGUGAAACAUAUUGGGGUCAAAUUGCUGACUAUUGUAAUGAGCAUUGCUCAUUCGAUCCUCCGCGUGAUGGAGUUGCAUGCCGAAACCGUUUUAAUUAUAUGAACAAAAUACUGAGUAAAUGGAUUGGCGCUUAUGAUGGCGCUAAGCGUCUCCAAGGAAGUGGUUGGUCCGAGAAUGAUGUUUUGGCAAAAGCGCAGGAAAUAUAUGCAUGUGGGAAGAAUGUUCGGUUCACUUUAAUUGAAGAAUGGAAUGCUCUCCGUGAUCAACCACGUUAUAGUAGUCAAUUAGGAUCUGGAAGUAGUGGAUCUAAGAGAUCUCACGAGAUUGCAUCUCAUGAUCUAUGGAUCUGGCAUGGAAAGACUCCAAGUGUGAAUUUCUAUGUGAAUCAACGUCCCUAUGAUAUGACAUACUAUCUAGCCGAUGGUAUCUACCCUUCUUAUCCAACAUUCGUCAAAUCUAUUAGACUUCCUCAAAGUGAACCCGAUAAGUUAUUUGCAAAAUAUCAGGAGGGAUGUCGGAAGGACAUCGAACGUGCAUUUGGAGUGCUUCAAGCUCGAUUUAAAAUCAUCCGUGAACCAGCUCGCUUAUGGGACAUAGCCGAUCUGAGUAUCAUCAUGAGGUCUUGCAUCAUAUUACAUAAUAUGAUUGUUGAGGAUGAGCGAGAUUCAUAUGCUCAACGUUGGACUGAUUUUGAGCAGUCUGAGGAAAGUGGAUCUAGUGCACCGCGACCAUAUUCAACCGAGGUAUUACCCGCUUUUGCAAAUCAUGUGCGUGCUAGAUCUGAGUUCCGUGAUAAAAAAGCUCAUCACGAAUUGCAAGCAGAUCUAGUGAAGCACAUAUGGACAAAAUUUGGAAUGUUUCAGGAUUAAAGAUGAGUUUCGUAUUUGUGUGUUGUUUCGUAUUUUAAGUUAGUUUGCAUCGUAUUAAUUAUGUAA